AUGGAUAGAAGCGCUUCCAGUCCUUCCCCUGAGCGUGCCCCGGAAGCUGUCUACAACGAUAUUUACAUAAAGACUAUUCUGAAACAAGGAAUCAUCGACCUGGUCUUGGACCAGUUGACGGACAAAGUUCACUGGAUCAUAGUUUUUGUCGUGACUCCAGCCAUCUCACUCCUUGGACUGGUCGGAAACACCUUUAGUGCCAUAGUUCUCACCAAGCAUGGAUUUAAGAAAAGUUCCAACGUCCUGCUCUUCAGUUUGGCCAUCUCUGAUAGUUUAUUUAUCAUAGGAAUCAAUGGACCCCCGAAACCUAUGUAUGAAUUCGGUCCAGGUGGGUUCGCAUACCCAGAACCCACAGCUCGAGUGCUUUACUAUCUCUACCAGUUGACGGACAGUAUAAACUGGACAACCGGACCAACAUCGUUGAUGAUUCCCGUAUUUGUGAUGGUAGAGAGACUUAUCGCCGUCUUCUUGCCACUUCGUUUUCAUUCAAUAGUGACCGUCCGUCGCACGGUUAUCGCUGUUGUUGUACUGUUUGCUGGCACGAUCAUUAUGCAGAUCUACAUUCGAACCUGGUUCAAGUUUGCUUAUGUCUUUGACAGUUCCAGAAAUAUUUCUGUUGGCAUUGCCAUGAGGACAGACUCCUACUGGGCCCAACGUCACAUCUCGAAAGGUCUAGAAAUAUUUGUGAAUUCCGUCUUUGUCAUGAUCAUUUUCGUUGGUUGUGGAUGCAUAGCUAUUGGUGUCAAAAUGAAGAUGGUGGCCAGGAAACGGUUGGAAAUGACCAUGGGUCAAAAGGAAGCGAACAACAGCCGGACAACAAAGAUGUUGCUGUGUCUGUGUAUCUUCUACACCUUCGCUUGCUUCCCCACGCUUCUCACUGCUGUGGUGCCAACUUUCAUGGUGUUUCCUGUAUUCCAAGACAAACCAAACUUCCGGUCUAUCGGGGUGUUCAUUUACCAUAUCUACAAGCUUGUGUUCUGCAUCAAUGGCUCCUGUAACUUCCUCAUUUACGUGGCCACCAACGCUAAAUUUCGGGAGACUUUUCUCAAUCUACUACAAUGUCAGCGAACUAACUCAAGAAGCGGCAAUAUUAGUAGAAUGUAG